GGAGCUCGACUCGCUGCAUGUGCAGGAGGUUCGCUAUCAGGAGAAGCUGGGCACGCUGCUCGAAGAUAGUGUGCUGGAGCAUCUCGCUGAAGUGCGCGAGAGCGUCCUGAAUAUCGACCUCUCCGAGGUGCAAGCGGACAUCUACCGUGGUCGGAAGCAGGCGGAUGCAGAUUUCAGGACCGUGCUGGCGGAGAUUUCGCGCAUCCAGCAAGCGUUGCAGUUAGACUUUGUGCAGGUCCUGGCCGACAAGGUGAACGACCGGUCGAGAUCUUCUGUGAUCAUGCCCAUGGAAGCGGCUAGCCCCAGCCCAGAAGCGCCAGCGCUCAGCUCUCUGCAGAGCCUGGCCAAGCAGGCCAAGGUGACUCGGCGGUUACGAGAGUUUCAGACCCAGACGGAAGCCCCACCAUGCAUGGCCGUGUGGACUCAGACGGAUCCUGUGGUUUUUGAAGACUCGGAGUCGAAGAAGAAGAAAAAGCCUCCGGUGCCCAAACGGAUGCGCACGCAGCUGCCUGCGGUGAUGAAGGGCGCAGACCGCCUGGCCCAGCCACCAGUUGCAAGAGAUGGCAGAUCUCAAGGUGCGUACGACCAAGUCCGCUUCCGUGCUACCACCACGAGCAACGGCCAGCGCUUGGAGCUUGUGGAUGAUGGCCAAGCUCCGCACACGGCCAUCGUCGGCUGCGCAGACUCGCGUGCCCCCGUGGAAGUCAUCUUUGACGCCCUGCCUGGCGACAUCUUCGUCCUCCGAAAUGCGGGCAACACCUGCACACAUGCUGAAGGCAGCAUGAUCGGCAGCUUGGAGUUCUGCACUGGCAACCUCGGGGCCCGUCUUGUGAUGGUACUUGGCCACACCAAGUGCGGAGCCAUCUAUGGCGCCACCAAGGCUCACUUUGCCCGCAAGAAGCAGGCGGCACAAUCCCAGUCCGCACUGGAGGGCUUGUUGGAAGGCCUUGGUGAAGUGGCGGAGCAGGCAGAGUACGACAUGGGUCCUAUGGCAGACGAGGAGUUCGUGGCGGCUCAUGCAGUGAAAGUGAACGUCUUCCACACGAUGAAUUUCCUGCUGCAGUACAGCAAGGGUCUCCGGGAGGCGGUGAAGAGCGGAAAGAUUGACAUCCAAGGCGGUGUCUACGACCUCUCUACAGGCGUGGUUGAGUUUUUGGGCCGAUCGCCCAGGCAGGCAGAGCUCCUGAGCGUGGCUUCUGCGGCAAUCCCCCCCUCGAUGCUUGGGAUCAGCAGGGCGGGUGCUGCCAAGCGUGGCAUCCACGGCGUCCGCACAGGCGACGAUGCCUCCGUGUCGCCAGAGAAGGCCAUGGAGAUGCUCAAGGACGGAAACAAUCGUUUCGUCGCCGGCACUCCUGCCAGCGUUGCAGCAAACGCGAAGAUGAAGACGGCCCUUGUCAAGUCAGGACAGGCCCCGCACACCGCCAUCAUCGGCUGUGCUGACUCCCGGGCACCCAUCGAGACAGUCUUCGAUGCCAUGCCGGGCGAGAUUUUCGUUCUCCGAAACGCGGGCAACACUUGCACUCACGCCGAAGGUGCCAUGCUUGGCAGCUUGGAGUUCUGCACCGGCAAGCUGGGCUCUCGUCUGGUAAUGGUGCUCGGCCACACGAAGUGCGGUGCCAUCGUCGGUGCCACACAGACCUACCUGGCGAUGAAGGAUGCCAAGGGUGAGAAGGGCUCUCCAGGAAGUGCCCUGGAAGGGCUCUUGGUCGACCUCGCCGGCGUCGCGGAAAAGGCCGCAACAGAGCUGGGGAAGGGUGCCACCGUGGAGCAGAUCGCUGCUCAUGCCGUGAAGGUGAAUGUCUUCCAGACGAUGGAGUUCCUUCUGAAGUUCAGUCAGCCACUUCGCGAUGCAGUGACCAGCGGCAAGGUGGACCUCCAAGGUGGCAUCUACGACCUGGAGACUGGCAAGGUGGAGUUCCUCGGCCGGUCUCCGGAACAAGCAGCUCUCCUGGCGUCCAAGUCUUCAUUGCCUCCCUCCAUGGAUGUGGCUUUGGGCCGUGCAUCCGUGCGGACGCCGCAGGACCCCCCGAUGGAACCUGAGGCCGCGCUGAAGAUCAUGAAGGAGGGCAAUGAGCGCUUCGUCCAUGGCAACACUCUGGCCGGCAAGUUUGACGGGCAAAUGCGAAAGGCCCUGGCAACCAUUGGCCAAGCCCCGCACACCGCCAUCGUCGGCUGCGCUGACUCACGCGUCCCCCUGGAGCUGGUUUUCGAUGUGCUGCCGGGUGAUGUCUUCGUCAUGCGAAACGCAGGAAACACAGUGACUCAAGCAAGGGGAAGCAUCGUGGGUAGCCUGGAGUUCUGCACAGCCGCGCUCAAGACGAGACUCGUGCUCGUGCUCGGGCAUACCGCCUGCGGUGCCAUCAAAGGUGCCACGGCCACCUACCUGAAGGGAGGUGGAGCUGCACAGGGCAAGGGAGCCCUGGAGGGUCUCCUGGCGGGUCUGGCUGGCGUGGCAGAAACAGCGCACAAGGAGCUGGGCAACAAGGCUUCGGAGAAGGAGAUAGCAGAUCAUGCGGUGAAGGUAAAUGUCUUCAACACCAUCAACAACCUCAUCCAGGGAAGCGCCGAUAUCCGCGACAAGGUAAAGUCCGGCCAAGUGGAAAUCCAAGGAGGCGUCUACGACCUCGACUCCGGUCGAGUUCAGUGGCUGGGACGAAGCCCCGAGCAGGAAGGCCAAAGAGGUUUCUGCUUCCUGACACGGAGCCUCGCCGUAAAUGAUGCUGUGCUAGGGCCGCCAGGGACGUGCCUCGUCCAGAGGAAGGCCGAACAGAUAGGCAAGAGCAAGCUGCAGAAGCAGAGCCCGAAGAAUUUCCCCUGGGAUUUUCAUAACUACCUUGCCGUGGGCUUUCACAAAAGUGGAAACCAGAUGAUGUUCGGAAUCUACUCGGCAGUGUGGGCUGCCUUUGGUCUGCCGAAGGACCGUUUGGGCUUUUGGGGAGAUCCGUGCUACUCUGCAGGUGAAUGCUCCAACUGGGGUUCCUCCGUCCGGUUCUUGAUCGACAUGUACUCCCUGGAGAUACAUGGGAGGGAGCUACAGAGAGCUGGGCAGAAGAGGAGCCUUCGGGUGGCUGGGCCCGUCCGGAACCCGCUGGUCAUGAUCGCUUCUGCUUACUGUUACCAUCACAGCGGCAACGAGGAAAUGAACACGAUGUUCUUUCCCCAGGGCACCGUGGAGAGGCUGGGGCCCCAAGAGGGCGUUGCCUUCGUGGCCCAGCGCAUGAUGGGACUGGUCGAGAACAUGACUGGUGUUUACGAGCAUCCCCGAAACGACACCUUGCGCCUCAGCUACGAGACUGCGACAGGAUCCUCAGAAGGCUUCGACCAGGAAGUGAAUCGACUACUGGACUUUUGGUUCGAAGGUGUGCCUGCGAGCUCGGAACAACGAACGAAUGCCCUGGACUGGGCUGGCGUGGCAGAUUUGCAUCGGCACCCGGAGCCGAACUACACAAACCACACCAACGACCCUGGCUGCAUGAAGGUGGCGCAGCACGCCGUUUUUUCCAUGCCCACAGAUUUGCUGCAGAAAUACCAGUCCUUCGCCCAAAGGCUGGGGUACCCUUUCACGGAGGCAUCCAUGAAGCCUCAGUACAGUGUCUUCGACCAGUACUGGGAGACCGGCAUUUGCCAGGGCAUCGCUCGCAGCACGUGGUUUGACAACAUUACACUGUUCAUCGUUUUCCUGAACGCGGUGUGGCGCCUCGGCAAGCUUUGCAUGUCAUGCCUGCACCCACAUCCCGAGCAGUGCAGCGGACUCCCGACCCGAAACCUUUGCCGUAGAACCCCACAGGCCAAAUACACUUAA